UCAACGAGAUUAAGCAACAAAAUCAUGUGCACCAAUAAAUUUAACAAACAAAAUUGUCCUUAUAUACAGCCAUACUUCAUGCGUUCCGGUCAGUGUGCCUCUUCUUACCUGUUUAUUUGUUUGUUCCAUUCUUUCUUUGCAUCAGUUUGAACUCACGGUGGCUGGCGAUGUCUUCUUCUUCUUCUUCCCGGGUCUUUGUGAAAAAGUAUGAUGUGUUUAUUAGCUUUAGGGGUGAGGACACGCGAGAUAACUUCACUAGCCAUCUCUAUUCUACUCUCAAAGAGGAGAAUAUCGUAACCUACAUAGAUUAUGAGCUUGAAAGAGGAGAUGAUAUUUGGCCCGCACUUGUAAAAGCAAUCAAGGACUCCAUGAUGGCCAUUGUUGUGUUCUCAGAAAGAUACGCAACCUCAAAGUGGUGUUUGCAAGAACUCGCCCAAAUCAUGGAGUGCAAAAGAGUUCAGGGGCAGGUUGUUCUCCCUGUGUUCUACAAAACAAUUCCAACAGACGUGAGGAAGCAGACAGGGAGUUACAAGAAACCAUUUGAAGACUAUGACAAAAGAGAAGACCAAAACAAAGUGCAUAGUUGGAGAAAUGCUCUCACUGAAGCAGCAAAUAUAUCUGGAUAUGAGUCAAGCGGAGACGAUUCUCAAGUCAUAAGGAACAUGGUUAAAUAUGUUUUGGGAAAGCUGCACUCGAUGCAAUAUGAUUAUCAAGAAGGCCUCGUUGGAAUCGAAGAACAGUGUGAAGCCAUUAAAGGUUCUUCAGGAGAACUUGGAAGAAGAAUUGGACUUUGGGGCAUGGGGGGAAUAGGUAAGACAACCAUUGCUAAAGCCUUGUUUAAUGAAUACUCCCCUGUAUAUGACAAUGUAUGCUUCUUGGAAAAUGUAAGAGAAGAAUCACAGAUUCACGGACUAACACAUAUCCGUGAUGAGCUUCUCUCUGAGCUACUAAAGGAACAAGUUACAGUAUCCAACUUUUCUGGAUCCACACACAGUAGUAGAAAAUUUCUGAUUGUGCUUGAUGAUGUGGAUAGUUAUGAGCAAUUAGAAUCAUUGUGUGCUGGAUUUGGUGACUUGGGAGAAGGCAGCAGUAUCAUUGUAACAACAAGAGAUAAACAUUUGCUUCGUGAAAUAGUUGAUAUCGAGAUAUAUGAGGUCAAGCCUUUGGACUUUGAAAAAUCGCUUGCGCUCUUCAGCUUAGCAGCCUUCAACAAAAGGGAGCCUGACAAUGCUUACGAGGACCUCUCGCGAAGGGUAGUUGAAUAUGCAAGAGGCUUUCCAUUCGUUUUACAAUUGUUAGGUUCGUAUUUUUAUUCCAAAAAAAUUAAGUUCUGGGAAUCUGAAUUGAGCUAUUUGGAGACCAGGAAGAAAUUCUUCAAGGAAACUCAAAACGUGUUCAAAGUGAGCUAUCAUGGAUUGUCAAAGCAAGAGAAGGAAAUAUUUAUGGACAUUGCUUUCUUUUUUAAAGACCGAAAUGAAGAUUCAGUGAUAAGUAUACUAGAUGCCUGUGGUUUCGAUGCUGCUAGAGAAAUAGAAAAACUUAAAGAUAAAGCUCUUAUAACUAUAUCAAAGACCAAGACUAUACAAAUGCAUGACUUUCUACAAGACAUGGCUUUUGAAAUAGGUAUAGCAGAUCCUACAAGAGGCCGCAUAUUGACAGAUAGGGAACUUAAUGGAUACCAGGGAACUCAACCAGAAGAUGUUGAAAGAGCACUGUUUGAUUUGUCUCGUGAAUAUAAAUUUGAAUUCAAUGCUGGCAUAUUCGAUUUGCCUAAAUUAAGAAUUCUUAGAUUUUAUAUCCCCGUGGGUAAGGAGCUAUCUGCCAGCAUCUCUUUCAAAGAUUUUCUCAACAAUGAGGGAGGUUCUACUGAACUAAAGUAUUUUGAGUGGACUGGAUACCCUUGCAAAUCUCUUCCAACAAAUUUAUGUGUCAAGUUUCUUGUUGAGAUUCGCAUGCGGUACAGUAGUGUUAAACGACUUUGGGAGGGGAAGCAGGAUCUUGUGAAUUUAGAGACAAUUGACCUAAGUCAUUGCAGAUUCUUGGAGUGUCUCCCUGAUUUGUCUAAAGCAUCAAAACUUAAAUGGGUGUAUCUCUCUGGAUGUAGACGCAUAACAAGUCUUAAAAUUGAAAAGCAUUUAAGCAAUCUUCAGGAGUUGAAUGCCUAUGGCUGUCCAAAACUCGAGGAAUUUUCAGGGUCGUCCAAUUCAAUUAAAAGGUUGGAUUUAAGCGGACCAAGAUCCCAAGAAGGCGAGAUAUGGUUUACGCAAAGUCGUCCACUGAAUAACCUUACUGAUGCGUUAUCAUGCCUGACAUCUCUUGAGGAGCUAAGAAUUUCUAACUGCCAAUUCAUGGACAAAAUGAACCUACAUGUCUUAUGCGCUGCCUUAGGAUCCUUGAAGCUUCUACAUCUGAAAGAUUGUAAAGAGUUGCUUGAACUCCCAGACAACAUCAGUGCCUUGUCAUUAUUGCGUGAAUUAAGGCUUAAUCGAAGCAAUGUGAAGAAUUUGCCUACAAGCAUCAAGCUUCUUGAAAAGCUUGAGAUUCUCUCCUUAAAGAUGUGUUCGAAACUAGAGUUUCUUCCUGAGCUUCCGUUGUUGAUCAAGGAACUUAACGCCGACGGAUGUGACUCAUUAGAGACAGUAUCCACUUUAAAGACAUUUUCAGUGAAAAUGAAAGGAAUGGAGAAACACAUAUCAUUCAUGAAUGCAAAGAAACCGAAGGAAUCUUCACUGCUCCAGAUUAUGGAAGACGCCAUGUUUGCAAUGAAGAGGGCUCAAUUGUGCAAUGUAUUUGUAAGAAGUAGUGUUGCGGUUUGCUUCCCAGGAAGGAGUGUCCCCUCAGGCUCAGGGCAAGGGUUGUUUGCAUAUCGAAGCAAAGGGUCCUCAAUUACCAUUGAACCUCAUGACAGAAGUUUGUCCCACUGGCUAGGCACCAUUUACGCUGUGGCUCUUUCGAAAUCCUAUCAUACUCGGGGGUUGGGUAAGGCUAAAGUUGGAUGUCGAAUCUACGGGAAAGAUGGGGAAUGCAAUACUACAUGGUUUGGCAAAGACUUCUACAAUUCCAAAUCGGAAAAUGUUUUUAUAUGGCAUGGCUCAAGUUUCGAUGAUGCAAUCGUUUUUGAGUUCUUUGUUACAGCAAGUGACAAGGGAAAGGUGGUCGGAGAGGAUGUUAUAGAGUGUGGGAUUUACCUGAAUUGUUGCUCAAAUUCUGAGCUCCAGAGUCUCAUAGGGGAAGCAGAAUUGGAACCAGAGAUCAAGUCUGAGUGGCCAUCGGCACUGGAUUUGCGGGAGGACAUUAAUCAGAAAGAGGUUAAUUUAUGGCAAAGGGAAGAUGAUGAAGCUGCUGCUGCUAGAUGGGUGGCAAGAAGCAACGAAUUGCAGCAACAAAUGGAUAAAAAGAAAAAAAAAUCAACGUAUGGCCACUCACAGGAAUUUCAGAAGUGAGGACUAAGAUCAAAAGGAAUAUUAUCCGUAAGAAAAUUUCAAUUUUUAUCAAAUAAAGAAUGUGCCAAAAAAAAUAACAUAACAAAAAAGAAGCAGCAGCAGCCCAACGACAGCAAAAAUCCCUUUGUUGAAGGACUUGAAGGGGGCUUUUUACAAAAAGUUGGUGUACAUAAUUUUUUUCAUUUUUUCCAAGCAAAACACAAACACCACAAAUUCAAUCUCAUAUAAUCAGACCAAUUAAAUAAUAAAAAAGAUAAUUGAACCAAUAAAUUCACAUGUAUACGAAUUGAAGCACUCUACCAUCACCUUUUUUUUCUUUUAACUAAACACAUAUGUUAGGAAGUUAUUGGUUCAAUUCUCUAAGAGUAUACAUUUUUUUUAUAAGCAAUUAUCUAUUGAAUUGGAAGUACAAGAGGUACUUUAACCCAAUACAACAAGAAAAAGAAAACAAAACAAAACAGCAAAAAACAAACAACCUCCCAGACAAGAAAAAAGAUUGCCAAAGCUACACUACCAGAGCAGAACAAGUACUAACUAAUUCUAAAAUAAGCCACCCUUCCAAAGCAAACUCGAUAUCCCCUGAACAAGCAAUCCAAUACAACACCCCUAAGAAUUCUUUAAACAGAGAAUAGGAUUAGGCAACCAUUCAAAAAGAGAGCGAUAAAACCCAUUCACCUUCACCGUUACCCAUAGCUCUGCCACACACCUACUUCAUUCACAUCCAAGUAUCCCACCAACCUUCCUAUUCUAAUUGGUUUUCAAACCUAUCUUGGCUUCCUCGUUGUACCAUUCCCAAACAAACCUUUUAGUGCCACCACCCACGAUGACGGAUCAGCGGCCACAAGUGGUUAUAAUAGGUUUUCAAGAAGGCCUUGUCGGAAUUGAGGAACACAGUGGAGCCAUUGAAGGAUUUUCGGGAAAACUUGGAAGAAUUGGAAUUGGGGCAUGGAAGGAACAAGUUAGACAAUCAUUGUUAAAGCCUUGUUUGAGAAACACUCACCCCAAUUUGACAGCGUAUGCUUCUUGAGAGACAUAAGAGAAGAAUCACAAAUGCACGGACUAACACAUAUCCGUGAUAAUCUCAGCUGCUAAAUGGCCAAGCUACAACAUUACUUUUGCCUAAACUAAGAUGCACCUGAACCUAUUAAACUUAGAAGCCUAAUUUUGCAUUCAUCAUAGUAAUUAGCAAUCACUUAAGAUAUACUACUUUUGCCAAUAUGAGGUUUUCUCAUCUCUACCAAAACAAACAGGCUAUAAAAAGAAAUUAGGAAUCCAUGACAUAGGAUUGCGAGGAGGGAAAAGAUGUAGAAUGGAAAUGUAGCGUAGAGCAUUCAACUUGUACCUGUUCUAGGGUUUGAAACAUGAUCGCAUUCCAAGAUCCUAGCCGUCCAAAAUUCAGGAAGAACCCUUUAUAAAAGGCGAAGUGACCCUGAAAAACAUUGGAUUACACAACCAAUCAGUUUGGAUAUAAAGGGCAUCCAUUGACAAUCUAGCUCCUUUUUUUUUUACCAAAUUUAUGGCUAAAUGGCAGAGAAAUUGUAAGUACAUGUCUCCAAAAAAGGAGGUCAGCCGGCUAUACUUGUGUGUCAUAUCACACCCACCACAUACGAUUAAAUAAGAACAAAUACUUUGAAAAAUUUCAUGCAGCCAUCUCAACAACAAAGGAUCCACAUAGUUAAAGGUUGUAUUGUACCGAAAUAAAAAUGAUGCUGUAUGUUCUGAAGCAAAUAAUAACAGUGAAAAGCAAAAUACAUCAUUCUUUAAGGGUUUGAUAAAACAAUCAAGGGUGUUUUUAUAAAUAGAAUCUCCUGUCAUUCUCGACUUAACCAGCAUAUACACCAGAAGGAAGAUAGAACAACUGAAUUAAUAGAAUCGUAAGAUUGCACAGGAAAGAAGCUCACUUGUACUUGAUUACUUCGUAACCAAAUAAAAAAUGAAACCCCAAAAAUAAAUUUAUACAUAUCGAUCCCGGCAUACCAUAAAAUGUUCAGCUGUCAACAACAAAUACUUAAUAAUAAAAACUAAGUAAAUCCUGAAAAAUUACCAGAUCAAUUGGGAAGCCAAUACAGACAGCAAAAAACCCUGCCCCCAGACCAGCAAGGAGAUGAGUUACAACAUUGUCA